CUCUCUCUCUCUCUAUUCCUCUUUCCUGUCCUGCCACGGUUUCCUCUUUUACAAAAGUUUUCUGCAUAUUCGGUUGCACAUCCUUCUUUGUAACCGCCUUGUUUUGCAUUGUGGUUGAGGAAUUGUUACAGUUUGAUAACACUGUGGCUGCUUAAAUUGAAUGGCCGCCUACCGGCUUACAGAGAAGGCUGUCAGAGCUUUAGGUUGAAUGCUUUGGGAGACUUUGGGCAGGACAGAUGAGGUAAAUUAAAAAGGGCAGUUGAGGUAAUGUAAACUGUGAAAACUUCUAGUUCUAGAUUAGGUUUAGCUUGAUAUAUCGUUUUAGGUUCAUUUGUGUUGAGUUGAGUUUAGUAUUUUAAACAUCAGAAAUAACAUUUUAAUGUCAGUUGCAUUUUGGAAUACCAGAUGGUUGUCGGUUGGGUUGAAAGAACGACGACAUUGAAAAGCCAGCGAGAAUGCCGGUGUUUCACUGGUGCGGCUAGAGUUCUGUAGACGACUGACCCCGUUAGGGGGUCAGUGGGUGACCACUGGGUCUCCACGUGCCAGGGAGAGUGGGGUUCAGAAGAAGCUGAAUGACUGCUAAAUACUGAGAUAGAGGUCUUGAGAAUUCAUACCCACUAUAAGAUUUAAUGGGGCACUUGACGAAAUACGUCAUAUUCCCAUAGCAACGUGUAUUCAGUUGGUAGCGAUACACAAAUCUGACACACACGCAGAUCUACAGAGACACUACAGUACUCCAAACAACAGUAGCACUUUGAGACACAGUUAAUAUGUAGAGGAUCAGGGGCCUCGGUCAAUCAUAUACAUAAUGUUGCCCCCGUUAUAAAACAUUAUAAAAGUUAUCUUGAAGCUUGUGUCCGUGACCCUGUGAAGACCGUUAGUUUUUUUCAUGGAGUGGGUCAUCAGGAACACUGGUUGUAAGAUUGUUAAAUGCACCUCCCCUCUCUGUUCAUGUGAGUGAGCUGUGAUUUGCGUUGGCUGUGGUUAAUCAUCUACCUGUGGUCGCCUCAUGUCCUCAUGUUUCUCUCACACACAGGCACACACACACAUCUGCAUUAAAGGUCAGCUGUUACUAAGAACAGAGGUAGGUAGUCAAUGGGUUAGCUAGCAAAUACAUUUGUUGUUUAUUAUUUUCCGUACCGCUGAAUUCCCCCCCUGAAUGUAGUCAUCUCCUUGUCCUCUUAACAUUGUCCGUAUUUUAUUGUGUGGCUAUCACACACAAACACACACAUAAUUUUUUUCUUUAUCUCACCAAGGAAGAGGUAUCUCCUAAACGUUUACCUUGUAAAUGAGAUAAACCACUUGGCACAUUUGUAGCAUUUCAACCCAGUUCCAUGCUAUCAACCCCUGCGUGCUUUUAACUGGAAAUACCAACAUAACACAAACCUCUAUGGCCGGACCACCAGACCACCAGACCACCGUCUAGAAAGCGGUCACCACCAGCCGGUUGGUCGUGUGUCGAGUGACGAUAUCACGUAGCUCUGUUGUAUCGGGAGUAGCACAACCCCCACCCUGAAUGUUGUCCUCCCUUUGUCAUUAAACAGCCCCGAUAAAGACUGAUAAGGGACGCCGAGUCAUGCUAGCCCUUCGCACAGAGGAGGCUUCUGGGUGCUGAGGGGAAGUGUGAGGAGGUGUUUAAAAGAACUAACUGCUUCAGGCGGCUAAGCUAACAGUAUCCAAGUGGUAGCGGCCGCACAUCUCUCUCUCGCUGCUUUUUUACAUUUCGUAUGGAAAUGGCUCUUUUGUGUUUGCUAAACAGAAUAGCUUCCGUCCCGUCAUCAAUAGUACCGAUCAUCACCGUGCGUGGAGUUCACUCACUGGCGAUGAACCUACCAGACGUUGCCAAAAAAACAGACACAAAUUUGAAACUUGUUCCAUGCUAGUUAUGCUUUCUUUUCCGCUGAUGAAGUGGUUGAGAAUUUGUCUUUUAAAAAAUAGGCUAAUUAUCUCAUAAUGUAAUGGGUUAUACAUAUUUCAUAUAUUCUAGUUCUCUAGUUGUCUUUCAAGUGUCUUUAUUGGUGGUCAAACUAUCAAUUUUACCUUGACAGCUAGCUAUUUCUGUGACAUGGGUAGUUGGGAGGUGUGGGUAUCAGGUGAGGUCUAACCCCCGUUCAUUACCAUGGUUACUUGGUUAUGGCCUGUUUACGUAGGUGACCACGUUUGGUCAGAGGGAAAAGACUAUACUCAGUUGGUUCAGGUUGUGUCUUUGUUUGGUCGUCCCCAUGUUUUAUAAACUCUGGUUAUCUGGGGAUUUAAAUACUUGGGCAUUUUUCCGUUCUGUUGGGGACGGAAAACCGGCCGGGCAGUAAGAGGUUUAUGUGUCGGAAGCCGAUUUCUGAUUGUUCUCUGUUUCUCCUUUACUAUGCACUUGUUAAUAAAGCAACACACACACACACAGUUACACAUAAGCAUGCAGGCUUACUCUGGUUAGCACAGUGGUUAGCUCUGCGGCCUCACAGCAAGAAGGUCCUGGGUUCUGACCUGCGUUCACGUUGGUUUCAUUCGGGGUCUCUGGUUUCCUCAAACACCAUUAGGACCAUAAAACAUGCACGCUAGGUUAAUACUCCUGCCUGUGCACAUGACCAAGGCACCAGCUUCAGACCUGGAGUUGGUCCCCAGGGCUCUCUACACAGUACUACCCACUCCUCCUAGUGCAGCAGCUAGCUGUGGUCUAAUGCUACUAGUGUAGUGGCUAGUGGUGGUCUAAUGCUACGAGUGCAGUGGCUAGUGGUGGUCUAAUGCUACUAGUGCAGCAGCUAGUGGUGGCCUAAUGCUUAACUCUAUCCUCUUGAAGACAGCCCGAUUCAAUCUGCCCUUGGGACCAAAUGAGUGUUGGAACCAUAAUACAUGGAAAAAUUGGACUUCACAUUUCUGAGGAUCACAUACACACAGACAGACGCACACAAGCUCACAUACACACAAGUCACCCAAGUGGAGCCCAUGUGACCUGGUUAAACCCUGUGAACCUUGAGUCGAGGGUGUCAAGGUUUACAGCCCUUUAUUCCCCCCGAUCGGGGUCAAAGGUCAAGCCUGGAACUGAGAACCUCAGCAUAACAGUGCAGUAAAACUAGGGAUAGUUAGGGCAGGGUGUGUGAUUUAUAGACCUCGUAUUCUCAUUUGGUGCGACUCCCAGGCGCAUAUCGCAGCAAAGUGAAUUUUGCUUAGGCCGCAACCCUUUUGAGGAUGCCGGUAUUUUGUCACAAUGUGUUUCUCACGAGGGCAUAUAAGACCCUUAGGGCGCAGUUAAGGAUGCAGGUUAAGUGUUCUCAGUGGAUCGAUGUUACACUUUAGGACACUCUGUUCCUGAUGAUUUUGCCCUGCAUGCAUAAUUGGUUUCUGGACAGGAUGACAUAGAGUAGAAGAUAAUUGUCCUUGUUGUCCUCACUCACUAUCCCAUGGAUUUACUUAUUGAUAUUCUUUUGCUCGCUUACACUUCUGUGUAUUAUCAUUAUUAUCACAUGUUUUGUUAUCAUAAGGACUAUAUUAUUAAGAGUGGACUCCCAGUGUAGGCCUUGGCACCUCCUUGGUACGUGUUCUACCUCUGAUCCUUAUGAUGUUAGUCCUAAUCUACGUUCCGGGACCUAAACGAUUCCUUCUGCUCUUCCCCACCCUGCAGACUCCAGAUUCCACAUUGGAUGGUCUUUUCAGAAUGACAGCCGAAGACCCCGCUUCCUCUUCCGUAACCAUGAGCAACAAGUCCGCCCCCUCCAGCAGCGCCAAACCACCCGCGGGCCCCUCCCACCUGCUCGCCCACCACGACCACGUGUCCGUCCCUGAGGGCGUGGCCGGCGCGCCAAAUGAGGCCGCCCUGGUCACCCUGAUGGAGCGCACCGGCUACGACAUGGUGCAGGAGAACGGCCAGCGCAAGUACGGCCCCCCGCCGGGCUGGGACGGACAGGCGCCCCCGCGCGGCUGUGAGAUCUUCGUGGGCAAGAUCCCGCGGGACGUGUACGAAGACGAACUGGUGCCCGUGUUCGAGUCGGUGGGCCGCAUCUACGAGAUGCGCCUGAUGAUGGACUUUGAUGGCAAGAACCGCGGCUACGCCUUUGUGAUGUACACGCAGAAGCACGAGGCCAAGCGGGCGGUGCGGGAGCUCAACAACUACGAGGUGCGCCCGGGCCGCCUGCUGGGCGUCUGCUGCUCGGUGGACAACUGCCGGCUGUUCAUCGGCGGCAUCCCCAAGACCAAGAAGCGGGAGGAGAUCCUGGAGGAGGUGUCCAAGGUGACGGAGGGCGUGCUGGACGUCAUCGUGUACGCCAGCGCCGCCGACAAGAUGAAGAACCGAGGCUUCGCCUUCGUGGAGUACGAGUCGCACCGCGCCGCCGCCAUGGCCCGCCGGAAGCUGAUGCCCGGCAGGAUCCAGCUGUGGGGACACCAGAUCGCCGUGGACUGGGCGGAGCCGGAGAUCGACGUGGACGAGGACGUUAUGGAGACGGUGAAGAUCCUCUACGUCCGCAACCUCAUGAUGGAGACCAGCGAGGAGACCCUGCGGAAGGUAUUCGGCCAAUGGAACCAAGGCUGCGUAGAACGCGUCAAGAAGAUCCGCGACUACGCAUUUGUCCACUUCACCUCCCGGGACGACGCAGUCCUGGCCAUGGACCACCUCAACGGCACUGAGGUGGAGGGCUCCUGCAUCGAGGUGACCCUGGCCAAGCCUGUGGACAAGGAGCAGUACACGCGCUACCAGAAGGCAUCCAAAGGGGGCACUGUCGCUGCACCGGCGGAGACGCCCCAGCCAAACUACAUUUACCAGUGCGACCCGUACACGCUCACGUACUACGGAUACCCCUACAGCACGCUGAUCGGGCCCAACAGGGACUACUUCGUGAAAGGAGCCCCAAUGAUACAGAACGAUGCAGGUACUGUGCGGGGUCGUGGCCGCGCCGCACCAGGUACCCGGACCCCCGGGCCACGGGGGUCGUACCUGGGAGGCUACUCCGCCGGCCGCGGUAUCUACAGCCGUUACCAUGACGGCAAGGCCAAGCAGUCCGAUACACCCUAUGAUCUGAUGACUGGCCUGGAGCUGGCCUCAUCCGUCAACCCCGUUGGCAUCAAACCUGGCACAAUGGCCCUGCCCGGUCUGGGGGGCCAGUACUCUGUCUUCAGCGCGGGCCCCGGGGCCAAGAUGAUGGAGGAGGGGAAGAUGCACGGCAUGGAGCACCUCAUGCAGCCUCUGGCCAUGCAGCAGGCCGAGCACGGCUCCGCCGCCGCCGCUGCCGCCGCCGCCGCCGCGGCUAACAUGCUGCCCGCAGUGUCCACACCUCCCCCCUACCAGGGCCGCCCCAUCACGCCCGUCUAUGCCAUGGCCCACAACGUGCAGCGCAUCCCGACCGCCGGCCUGUACGGCGCCGGCUACAUGCCCAUCGGCAGCUAUGCUGCCAACUCGGCCGCGCUCGUCGCCCUGCAGAAGAACGCCGCCGUCGCCGCGGCCACGUACGGCGGCUACGGCUACGCCAUGCCGCAGGCCUUUCCCGCCACGGCCGCCUUCCAGAUGCCCCUCCACGACAUCUACCAGAGCUACUGAGGCACGCCGCCGACGCACAGAGAACGCCACUCAGCGCCAGUUUUAGUCUAGCUUGUUUUAAAGGGGGGGUUUUGGUUUGGACUGUUUUGAUUCACUACGGCGACCCGGGACCGGAGUCUCAACUGUUUUUUGGUCUCGCACCACCAUCGUGAAACUGUGUCGGGGUCUUGUUGGGGCCUCCAGAACUCUGAGAUUAUAUAGAUAUAUGUUUGUGUAUAUACAGCCUAUAUAUAUAGAUGUAUAUGUAUAUAUACAUCUAUAUAUGUAUACAUAUAUGUAUGGUUUUCUAAUAACAUUGCUGGUGAAACUGAUGCCGAAUGGAUGAUCUUUGAUUGCGUCAGUGUCCACUUCUGGCCUCUCGGAGGAACCGAGGCAGCAGCCAGAGAAAGGCCUCGCCAUAGUGGGUUAGCACCUCCCAACCAGUCCCUACCAGACCCACCCAGGAAGUGACACAUAUUGUACCCUGUGGAACCCCACAUCGCUCCAUGUCACUUGUUGCACCACUACACAAGACCUGCGAGACCAACAACCACCCACACUCCUCUAUCCCCACACUGGUGGCUUCAGGUGUCGUUUUUGUUGGGGCUUCGAAGGUACUUUAAAGUAUUUGUGAAGAGUGAGAGUUCUCUCGUGUCGCUCCACUUUGUAUUCUGAUGUUUGUAUUUAGGGUUUUUUGAAGUGAGAAAGAGAAUGCCUUUUUAAACAUGGGGAUCUCUAACGGUUAUAUAAUAUAUAUGAAAAUAUUUGGAGAAAAAAAGCACAAAAUUGCAUAAAAGUAUAAAAUAGUAUAAAAUCUGCAACAACUGAGAAAAGAGAACGUCAGCGGUGAUGGUGGGUUUCUGUAGUUGUUUAUUUUCAUAAGUGGUUAGUAUUUUCCAUUAACAUAGAACAUUCCAGAGACCUCUACGCUCUUUGUAUUGUGGUCUGUCCACACUGUAUGUGUGCAGCGUACUGAAGUAUACAUAAUAGGUGCCUCUGUGGUGUUUUUGGUUAGUUUAGGUUAUGUUUUUUUGGUUAUCUAAAACGAAGAUUAAAUGUGUUGUGUUUAUUUGCCUAUAUUUAGUUUGCAUAUUUCUAUGCCAAUUUAACCUAUUCAAAUAUAUAUAUAUCUUGGGUUUGUUUGCAGAAACCUAGCUAACUAUGUUUUUUUUUUCUGAUUGAUAACAUGAGGAACAAAUACUAAAUUUGAAGUGAGCUGGAUAGUUUUGCCACUGGUGUGAUGGGUUGUGAUGCUGGCACAUCUGGCAUUGUUUUUAAUGCACAACACAUUUACAGCGACAUGACCAUUAGCUGUAGACAAGUGUAACUUGACAUUUGCCAGGAGAUGAAGACUGAACUUGCUUGAUGUUUUUGAAUAUUGGUUUUAUGUAUUUCUUUUUUUAUUGUUAUAUUAUUAUUAUCUUUGCGUUGUUUUAACUCCUAAAAAGUGAACAAAUAUGGAGAGAAAUAAGAGACAAUUCUUCUGACCUAUUCUCUCCAUGGCACGGGCCAUCGAUCUUCUCGGAUUGAAAACGUUAAUAUCUAUGGUUUCAGUGAGUAUCUUUUACCAAAAGAAGAUUAUGUCUGUCUGAAAACAGUGCCUUUUAUAAGCCUACUCAGGCCUCAGUUUUUUUAUAUUUCAAGCUGUGCCUUAACAAAGUAUGCCAGACCGACAUCUGUGGUGAAAGUGAGAAAAGACCAUCACAACAUCGUAGAACACAACCCUUUUUCUAACGCCAUGAAAUAAGAGCAGUGUGGUGGGGAAGGCAGAGAAACGAGAGUAAACAGCUCUAGUUUGCAAAAGCUAACAAGUCUACUGUUCUCCGACAACCUUUCCUCUGGUUUUCUCUCGUUUUGUAAGGCCUGCCGUAUCACUUUCCAUUUCUCUCUCUCUCUCUCUCUCUCUCUCUCUCUCUCUCUCUCUCUCUCUCUCUCUCUCUCUCUCUCUCUCUCUCUCUCUCUCUCUCUCCCUCCCUCUCCCUCCGGUUCGGCUUGACCAAGGUGCACUUAACCAUGUUUAAAAUGGCAGAUGUUUGCCGAUUUCAAAUGAAGAGAUAUUUAAUACAGGCUACUUAACAUAAUUUCAAAUGUUGAAGGGGUUUGGUUUGUCUAGCUCUGUGCCUGUGUGUUUGACAGAGCUUUAACUCAAAGAUGAAGCAAAUAUGAAAAUGACCCCUAUGAAUGUUGAGCUGGCACUUUUUAAACUGGAAACUAGUCCACUAACUGGGAACGACUGGAACAAUACCUCACUCAAUGAUAUGCAAGUAGCCAAUGUGCGUGUACUACCAAAGCGCUGGGAACAUAUACCUACACACACACACUCACAAAGAUAAAGCUGCUGAUUGACAAUUAAACACUCCAAAACAGCCAUUUUUUAUAUUAAAUACACACAUUUACACUGGUAAAGCAUUCCACAACAUUUGAAUAAGAUAUUUUUACAUUCCAUUCCAUGGUUGAGAUUGAUAUUAACUAGCUAAGGGGCUGAUGAAACGAUUAGCAUUAGCUGGUUGCAAACAAGCCAUUCUUUUGUGGACGUUGCAUGCUAUACUGUACUGCUUCUCUGCUCCUUGUAACUGGAAUUUGUCUUAGAAAACGAAACAAAAAACAACUGCUUAAUACGGCUUUUAUGAAUUUAUUUUGCGAUGACAAGUCAGGAUAUAUUUAAUAUAUACAUUACUUGGUUUAUGUGUGAAGUGAGAAAAUAACGUAUAUAAUAUAUUAUCAAAUGUUUUUGUCUUUCCGAAUAUCUAUUCUUUAUAUACACCUUAUUUAGGCGUUAAAAAACAGUUAAAAAACUUUGCCAAAGUGUCCAGUAGGUUUUAAACAUUGAAGCUGUGUUGUUGUUUUUUCCAAAUGUGUUUCAUGCUAUUAACAUGUACAUUUUUGAAUUGGAUUCGUUGUGAUUGGGAACACAGUGGUGUUACAAUCUUUGUGUUUUUUUAUUUUCCAUUGACUGGAUGGUACUAAUUUGUAGGACAUGGACAGGCUGACUCCAAGGUGACAAAGAUCUGGGCACACUUCCUCCUCAGAUCAUGUGAUCUGGUUCACAUCUGCGUUCCGACCUGCAGGCCUACCGCACCUGUGACCAAUGAACCACUACUGUCUUCAGCUAUAUGCUAGAAACGUCCGUCCAAAAAAUAUGUGUUAACACGCUAACUCUUCUCGUGUUGUUUGUAUUUUACUUUUAAUUUUCUUCUUAGGCAAAAAAGUGCUAUUUUCUUCAUCUUUGUAUGUCUAUGCAGACUAUUUUCUAACAGAAGGUUUGUUUGAAAAGAAAACUUAUUUCAGCAUUAUGUUUAUAGCUAAGAAAGUAGGUAAAUAAAGCAUUUUCAAAAAUAUGUGGUGUGUUGGUUUCCCUUAUGUACGUUUACCAAACAGUGUGCAAUGCACAGUUCAUUGUCUCCAGCCUGAUAUGUCUACUACACAACGUAGAACAUGGCCAGAUCAUGAAAAAAUAUUAAAGUAUGAUUAAGUCCGCAAUGAAAGUCCAGAAUGGAGCUUUUGUUCUGGAGUAUUAGGCUUUAAAAACUGUCCUUGACCUCAAUGUUCAGUGCAGCAAUGUGUUAUUUGAAAAGAAAAGAGCCCCAUGGUCCUAAUCUUUUGGUGUAGCUCACCUUUGCUCCAGAAACAUACUGGCAUCAAGUUUGACUCAAUCUUAUAGUUUCCAGCAUGAACUCGUAUCUAUAACUCGAUGUAGACCAACUUGAGUAGGCCCACACACAAUAUGGACAAAUAUUUAACAGUUA